GAAGGAACACAUAGUGUCUAUAAGGUCUUCGUGUAGUAGUGACUAUGGAGCAGAGCAUAGGUGAAUACAGAUUUUGCAUACCAUGAAUGUUUCUGCGCAAGGACUGCUUCUCCUAAACACUAGUUUCUUUUCCAAUUUCUCCUUCCGAGGGUUUCGCAGGUUGUCAGUUGUUCAACGUUCGCAGCAGUGUCACGGGCUGAGAAGAGGUUUCUCGAAAAGCAUGGCUUGCAGUGUGGAAAAUUGUGAUAUGGGUAAUGGGGUGGUUCAUCCAGCCACGGAUGCCUAUGCUGGAGAGGCAGUUGAAGCUUUGAAAGCUGGGAAAGUCAUAGCGGUACCCACCGAUACACUCUAUGGGUUUGCUUGUGAUGCUUGCUCAUUGGAAGCGGUUAACAGGAUUUAUGAGAUCAAAGGCCGUAGACACACAAGCCCUCUGGCUAUUUGUGUUGGCGACGUAUCAGACAUAACCCGUUUUGCUGUCACUGACCAUUUACCUCAUGGUCUGCUUGAUUCCCUCCUACCUGGGCCUGUUACAGUUGUACUAAAACGAGGAGAGUCAAGUGUUCUUGAACGAUCUUUGAACCCAGGAUUGGAUAGUAUAGGAGUUAGAGUGCCUGAUUGCAAUUUCAUCAGGACCAUUGCCCGUGCUUCAGAAACUGCUUUAGCCCUCACCAGUGCAAACUUAAGUGGACAGCCAAGUAGUCUUUCCACCAAAGAUUUUGAAAACCUCUGGGAACACUGUGCUUUUGUUUAUGAUGGUGGUUUGAUUCCAUCAAGUCGUGCAGGUUCUACAGUUGUGGACCUCACUACACCACAAAGAUACAGGAUACUUAGACCUGGAAGUGCAAAGGAAGAGACAAUUUCCAUCUUGGAGAAGCAUUCUUUCGUUGAGACAGUGACCUCUUAAAUAAGUUGUGAUUCAUUUUCAGUGUGACAUUGUAGACCUAAUGUCCCACUUGCAAAAUCAAACAAUUCUUUCGCUUGGACAAGUGAGAAGCUAUCACCCAGGCUAAUUAUUCCCAUUGUCUGCUUUAUGUUUUAUAGAAUCUCUAGGAUGCAUAAAAAAAUACGUUAAAAAAUCGAUGAUGUUGUGCUUCAACUUGGUUAUAUUAUUUUUUUUUCAUCAAUAAAUUUGCAUAAAACAUCUUUAUAUCUUGAGCAGGUGCUAUGGAAAUGUAGACAGUCUAGUGAAAUCCAAUUCACAGAAUAUUUUUUGUGGAUAGCAUUAUUAUUGUGUUAAA